AUGUCGACCUGGGAUGCGCUGCUUGCUGAGAUGAUACAGAAGGCUCCAGAUCCGCAUGAGCCCCUACCUCUCUCAAAUCGCAAGGAAACGAUUUACGGCUCGAUUAUUCCGUUCUUGGUCGUGACUUGGAUCGCGGUCGUCUUUCGACUGUGGGUGCGCUUCAGAAUAGUCCGAGAACCAGGUUGGGACGACUUCUUUGUGAUCCUCUCCGCGCUCAGCAAUACAGCAGCAACAAUUACAGUCUGUCUCUCUGUUGACCAUGGGUUUGGACAGCAUAUGCUGUACAUCGGCAUAGACAACAUCGAAAACUACCUUCAAUCGUUUUAUAUCGAACACAACCUCUACCUUACCGAGACUGCACUGAUCAAGGUGUCACUUCUACUGCAGUACCUCCGCAUCUUCAAGGCUGGCCGCAUGAGAUGGCUUUGCUUGGGCCUUCUGGCCGUGGUCAGUCUUUGGGGCUUGGCAUUCAGUAUCAUGGGCUGGUUUUCAUGCUCUCCUGUUGGUGCCUAUUGGCAUCGCACAGUCGAGAGCAAGUGUUAUGGCUUUGGCUUUGGUGACCGCGAAACCUUUAUCGCCAUGUUCGAGGCGCACUCCGCCAGCAAUAUGUUCUUCGAUCUUGCCAUUUUUAUGACGCCCUUGGUACUGUUUCGCACACCUAACUUGAACUUCAGAAACGUAUUGGCCUUGGCCGGUGUGUUUGCGUUUGGAGCAUUAGUCGUCAUGCUGUCGGUAUGGCGCUUGUACUCCAUCGUCGAUCACAGCGCCGGUCUUUCCCCUUAUCCUGAUUUCACAUGGUGGACUCCUGUUAGCAUCAUUAUUUCAUGUCUCGAGAUCGACCUAGCCAUCAUUUCCGCAUCUAUUCCUAUAUUCUGGCCAGUCGUGCAAAAGUCAAUCUCUGCCAUAUUCAUCAACCACGAGAUUGAGGUGGUUGAGACUCGAAUCGACAGCCACGGGUUGGCUUACGAGCUGGAACAUACCAAGACCAGAGGAAAUCAAAGCUUGAACAGUAGCAGCGGAACCUCGACACACGAAUUGACGAACGAUAGAGAAGAUGGCUUCAAAGAACCGUAUUCCGUUGGUAUCGACCCUCUUAGCGUCGAAGCGCGGGGUGGUCAGGGUUUGUAUACCAACAUCAACAGCCAACCGAAGAAGAGGUGGGAGAUCUAG